AACUGUUUACUCCAGUCCCUCCGAGGACGGGGCGGGGAGUGUGCAGACCAACUAGUUAUGCAACGCAGUGAGUCAAUCCAGGCCUCUGGUCUGGGUGACUACAAGUUCCAGAAUGCCUCCUUCCACUAGUGUAGGGAGAGGUCGAGGCUGAGGAAGCAUUGCCUUCUGGGAAUUGUAGUCUUAAGCUUGUUUGUGAUGCAGGAGAAACUAGGAGGGAGGGGAAGCGGGAGUAAACUCUUACCACGUGACUCUCGGGAUCACGUGGUUGGGCCAGCCUCCACUCGAGAGCUGGGAUUGGCUAACUCUAAUACGAUCGACGCCACUAGGGGCGGGCCGAAAAGCGGCGCAAGCGCACUGCGUUACGAGUCUCGGGACCUUUUUCCGAGAGACUAUGGCGCUUAACAAGAAUCACUCGGAGGGCGGCGGAGUAAUCGUCAACAAUACCGAGAGCAUCCUGAUGUCCUACGAUCAUGUGGAACUUACUUUCAAUGACAUGAAAAAUGUGCCAGAGGCCUUCAGAGGGACCAAGAAAGGCACCGUCUACCUUACCCCUUACCGAGUCAUCUUUCUGUCCAAGGGAAAGGAUGCCAUGCAGUCCUUCAUGAUGCCGUUUUAUCUGAUGAAGGACUGUGAGAUCAAGCAGCCUGUGUUUGGUGCAAACUACAUCAAGGGGGCGGUGAAGGCAGAGGCAGGAGGUGGCUGGGAAGGCUCUGCGUCCUACAAGUUGACCUUUACAGCAGGGGGCGCCAUCGAGUUUGGACAGCGGAUGCUACAGGUGGCGUCUCAAGAGUUCUAUCCAGGACCUCCCAUGAUGGACGGGGCCAUGGGAUAUGUGCAGCCCCCACCACCACCCUACCCGGGGCCCAUGGAACCGCCGGUCAGCGGCCCGGAUGUCCCCUCUACUCCUGCAGCUGAAGCCAAGGCCGCAGAAGCAGCUGCCAGCGCCUAUUACAACCCAGGCAACCCACACAAUGUCUACAUGCCGACGAACCAGCCUCCGCCACCUCCCUACUACCCUCCGGAAGACAAGAAGACGCAGUAGACCCCUCCCCCGCUGCCACCUGCCUCUCAUUGUUCUUUCCUUCCCCUCCCCUUGGGACCGAGUUUGGGGUGGGGGGUAAUGGGGGGCCUUGUUCUUCCUCCAGGUCUGAUUAUAAAACACUUACCAGGAACCGGCGUUGGCGGGAGGGAGGGGCCCCCUGACUGAGCUGCGCCUCCAGCUUCCCACGCUGCCUGGAGCCCACACGCGCCCUGCGCACUUCCCUCUCCCCACCUCGGGGGGCUCUCUUCAGGAGCACGAGGCGUCCCCCUCGUUCCUGUCUGCCCUAGCAGCUUCUACCCACGGAGGGACUCUCUGGCCACCUCCUCCGCCCCAGUCCAGCUCCCUCGUUUUGGUAGCCACUUUAUCCUCAGCCUCAGGCCUUCCUGAGGACCCCCGCCAGGCCCUGCUCACAUUCCCGCCACUCUGGUCUGUACCCAGCCUUGGAAGCCACCUUCCACCAGACUGUCCGCCCACGUUCCGUCCCCAGCCAGCUGCCGGCCCCAGUCCCACUUGCCUCCCCUGCCCUGUUCUAGGUCAUCAUGUUGCCACCGCGGUGUGACUUUUGGAGCUUUAACAUGAGCUUUCAGGGGUUGGGUGGCAUCAGGGCCAGGCCACUGUGGCUGGGGGUAGGAGCCCUCUGCUUCCUCGCUGGCGUUUCUGGAAUUCGUUUCCCUUUGUCUUCCCUCUAGAAGGGGCUUCUGGAGAACGCAUGGCGUCUCGUUAAGCCAUUUUUGGGGCUGCUGGGUGGGCUAGAGCAAAGGCCAUUGUCCCCUGGGGCCUGGUCUGGGUCUGUGCUCCUCAGCCUGCCCUCUUCCCUUUAAGCUUCAUGCCCGCCUGGUUUGGCGCCGUGCCCCCAGACGCACUAAAAUUUACUCUCAAUUGCUCCUGGACUGGCCGUGAAGUGAGGAGAUGGUUAUUUAAAGAGAAUUCCCUAUUUAUUUGACAAAAAAAAAAAAAAUCCAGUUAAUAUAUUAAUGUGAAAUAAACCCUGUUUGCACCUUGAUUUGUUUGCUGAAAAUGUGAAGUAGUAAAAAUGAAGUGACUGGA